AGCGGCGUAUAUACACGAAUAAUGGUACGUGCGUAAGAUGCUCUGCCAGAAGUGUUAGUCCAAGAUACUCGACGUGUGCCGGAGCAUUGCGAGACACUCGAUGUUACAACGUACAAGACAACCUGCACUCCGAAAUGCAGUGAAUUUAGAUCAACUGAUCGAUGAUACUUGCGAAGGAAGCAACGAGAGCCCAACUUAUCCCUUAAGCGAUCACCGAUUACUUGAAGGAUCUGCUCUGUAGAAGGUGGAACUGGUUGAACGGGUGCUCUAGCAGGUUUAAUAGUUCUCGCAUUUCUCUCGCGGUCUUCGACAGCCGAUCGAUUUCACAACUCCCGCGGUGAUAUCGACCCCCUGCGAACUAACGAUUAUCACAAACGACGUCAGCUGUCCGGACGUAGCGCGUUAUCGCAUACGCACGAGCCUCCUCGAAUUGUUGUCGGGGAUUUCGCACAAGCCCCCCUGCAGCGAGGGAUUCCUCGUCGCCUUAUCAGAAUCUUUUGGCGGCAUGCGGUAGCACAUCAAUUUCAGAUUGGCUCAGAUCAGCGUGUGAAUUCUACGAAGCAACAAUGUUCUCCUGGAGGAAUGUCUUCUCCGUCGUCUCACAGAAGUUUGGGAGAAAGCUGCAUUUGUCAAAAAUCCGGCAAGAAGCUGUGAUCAUAGACGGAACGAAAAUAGCAGAACAAAUUCAAGAAGAAUUAAAGAUGGUUAUAGAUACUUGUACAAAUGCUGGAAAGAAAAGGCCAAAGCUGGUCGCGAUAUUAGUAGGAAAUCAUCCAUCCAGCAAAGCAUACAUUGGUAGAAAAAUGAAAGCAGCAAAGUCUAUAGGAAUUGAGAGUUAUACUAUUCAUUUGGGAGAAAACAUAACACAAGCAGAACUUCUUAAGGAAAUUGACAGUCUCAACAGAGAUCCAUCUGUUGAUGGUUUUCUAGUACAAUUACCGCUGCCGAAAAGCAUAAAUGAGAGAGAAGUAUGUCAAGCGAUAAUUCCUAAAAAGGAUGUGGACGGUUUUCAUUUGGAAAACCUUGGUAAUCUGACACUGGACAACAACAGUAUUGUGCCAGCCACCGCCUUAGCUGUUAAAGAAUUAAUACUUAGAAGCAAAAUCGAGACUUUCGGAAAGAAUGCUGUAGUUGUGGGUAGAUCAAAACAUGUCGGGCUACCUAUCGCGCUGUUACUUCACGCCGAUGGCAAAGGUGAAACAGGUGCGAUGGACAUGACAACGACAAUCUGCCAUCGUCACACACCUCACACGGAGCUAGAAAAGUACACGAAGCUGGCGGAUCUGAUCGUAGUCGCGGCCGGGGUUCCUGGCUUGAUUACUAAAGAAAUGAUAAAACCAGGCGCUUGCAUAAUUGAUGUGGGUAUCACCAGGGUGAAGAUGGCAGACGGCAAAUAUCGUUUGAUGGGAGAUGUGGAUUACGAUGGCGUGAAGGACGUCGCCGGAUAUAUCACUCCAGUUCCCGGCGGCGUAGGUCCCAUGACGGUGGCAAUGCUGAUGAAAAAUACAGUCACGGCUGCUAUGAGCAAUCAAGAAGACACGAAGCAAUCCGAUCAUUUAGAAAAUAGUGAGGCAUUUGUAUAUUGACACCUAUAGAUAUUAUUUAAUUUAGAAGCUCUAUU